AUGGUGGGCAAUGCCACGAGCGCCGCAGAAUGCAUGGCGGCAUGCAUGGCCGACUGCUUGUGUGUCGUAGUGUUGCGGGACGCCGACAAAGGCACGUGCAGCAAGCAGCAGCUCCCUCUGCGGUAUGGCCACGCUGGAGGCAGAUACACGCUGUUCGUCAAGACCGCGGGAGCGGUGACAGGCGGCAGCGGCACCCACAGCAAACCCGUCGGGCGCACGACCAUCAUCGUGCUGGUUUGCAUCGGCAUCCUGGCAUUCGUCGCGUUGUCGGCCUUCAUUGCGUCUGGGUGGCUGCUCCACAUGAAACGGAGGGACAUGCUCCGGAACUUGGCACCCAUGAAUGCGGACGCCGACGGCGGCGAAGGCGAAGGCUUGGAAGAGGCGGCGCCCCUGAGCCUGAGGUCGUACAGUUACCGGGAGCUGGAGCGCGCCACGUACUGCUUCCGUGACCCGGUGGGCCGCGGCGUGUUUGGCACGGUGUUCAAAGGCGCGCUGCGCAACGGCGAGCAGGCUAUCGCCGUGAAGCGACUGGAGAAGCUCGUGGAGGACGGCGAACGGGAGUUCCAGAGAGAGGUGCGCGCCAUUGGGCGGACGAGCCACCGCAACCUGGUCCGCCUCCUCGGCUUCUGCCACCAGGGCGCCAACCGCCUCCUGGUGUAUGAGUUCAUGAGCAAUGGCUCGGUGGCCGACUUGCUCUUCAGGGGUGCUGCCUUGACGCCUCCAUGGUCCGACCGCCUUGGCAUCGCGCUCGACGUGGCCCGGGGCCUGCGGUACCUCCACGACGAGCUCGACUGUCGCGUGAUCCACUGCGAUGUCAAGCCACAGAACAUCCUCAUAGACGCGGACGGCACCGCCAAGAUCGCCGACUUCGGGCUCGCCAAACUGCUCCAACCUGACCAGACACGCACCUUCACCGGUGUCCGCGGCACGCGUGGGUACCUGGCCCCCGAGUGGUACAGGGGCACGGGCCCUGUCACGGCGAAGGUUGAUGUGUACAGCUACGGCGUGGUGCUGCUCGAGAUCGUGACGUGCACGAGGAGCAUGGAAAUGGAGGAGGCCGGCGAGGAACAAACGCUGAUGGAGCUGGUGUAUGAGUGCCUACUGAAGGGUGAGGUGAAGAGGGCCAUGAAAAGCGAGGAGGAGGUUGUUGAUACGGCGUCCGUGGAGCGGGUCGUGAAGGUUGGUCUCUUGUGCGUGCAAGGAGAACCUGAGUCUAGGCCGUCCAUCAAAACCGCCAUAUUAAUGCUGGAAGGACAUCUAGACGUACCACUUCCUUCCCGCCCGGCUUCCUAG